CCUCUCCUCUCCUCUCCCCUCUCCGGCGUUCGGCCCAUUCCGCCUCCCCAGCUCGGCACAUCGCUCUCUUGGCUCCGGCUGAAGGCGCAUCCCCUCUCCCCUCCCGGCGGACAGGUGAAGAGAAGAAUGGCCCCCACCAGCAGCUCCUUCUCCCCUCUGCUACUGCUCGGCAUCCUGCUCCUCUGCCACCUCGGCCCGGCGGACUCCCGGGAAGCUGAGCCUAAGGGCAGGAGCAACCCAGAGAACCUCAUCGGCCUGCAGAGCCAGGACGGGUGGCAGCCGCGAGCGGGGCAGGCCCGGAAGCAUGGCCUGGGCAAGAAGGACCGGGCGUCCGGCGUGUCUGCCCGGGGCCUGGGGCCCGACCAGGGGGCCUCCAUCCUUCCGGCCUCCUCUCCCGGGGGAGCCGAAACACUUCGCCUCCAAACGCCCGCUGCCCUGACACAGGAUAAGGACCUCUUUCUGGGCUUCGAAUUCCCUUACCCAGAGAGAGAAAACCACUCCCCGGGCUCCGAAAGGGGAAAGAAACAGACCCGAGAGCACAAGCGGCGACGGGACAGACUGAAACAGCAGCGAGCCAGAGGUCUGGAUCCAGGGCCCAGUUCUCUGAUCAAGAAGGCCUGGAUCUCCGAAGAACAGGCACAAAAUGCCCCUGUGGAGGAGUCGUCCACUAGCCUGGCUCCCAACAUGCUGUUCCUGACCACCUUCGAGAACCCGGCAUCCACAGAGGAAUCAGCAGUCCUGCCUGCCACGUCCCCUAGGCCCCAGGUUCGGAUCCGGCCAGAUGGUGAGGUGAUGCCCACCCUGGACAUGGCCCUGUUUGACUGGACAGACUAUGAAGAUCUGAAGCCGGAUAUGUGGCCAUCCAUUAAGAAGAAAGAGAAACGCCGAAGUAAAAACCCAAGUUAUGGAAAUGAGACUUCGCUGCCAGAAGGGGAGCCUUGUGACCAUCACCUGGAUUGUGUCCCAGGCUCCUGCUGUGAUUUGCGAGAACACCUCUGCACACCGCACAACCGAGGCCUUAACAAUAAGUGUUUUGACGACUGCAUGUGCACUGAAGGGCUACGUUGCUAUGCCAAAUUUCACCGGAACCGAAGAGUGACCCGCAGGAAAGGACGCUGCGUGGAGCCGGAGUCAGCCAAUGGCAACCAAGGGUCAUUCAUUAAUGUUUAGAGUCAGCGUGCUCAUUUCCCCACUGAUCUGUGGACUGGGCCCCGCAGGGUGGGGGAAGGUGGGAAAGUUAUUUAUAACUAGCAGAGGGGGAAAAAAUGGUGGACCAGAUGACUGAAGCUGCAGCCUCUGAUCUCCGGGGGCUCAAAAAGAGGAACAGGGUAAUGGAACUAGGAGGAUUGCAGAUAAAUUACUGGGUUUGAUUAAGUAGGGAGAUGGUAGCCACAGCUGCAGGAUAUACAAACAUGACAGGGUACAACUUCAAAGAGGCUACUUCCUUCUUCCUAAACUGUCUUGGUUUACAACUGUGCCAACAUCAACAAUGCUCUCUACUGUUCUCCAAAAGUUCUGCAUUUCUACAAGACCGUAACCCUAGGCAGAAAAGCUCUGAAGUGGAAGAAGGGACCCGGGUUUUAGUUGGCUUCUCCCAAGAAAGUGGAGAACUCACAUGUCCCUGGGGAAGAGAAGCAUUUCCGACUGGAACAAGACAGUGCUCCUUUAUUACCUAGGUUGGCCUCAUCGUCCGAGGGAGGGGCGAGAAGCUCUGAGAAGGGGCUGGACCUGGUUUUUCUUGCUGCCUAAUCCAUUCCCCAGAUGAAGGAUGAGAAUCCUUCAUCGAAAGACUUUUCUUCUAGUUCUCUCCUCUGUGAGCAAGGAGAAUGGCCGGUCUGUGCCCUUCUUAUGGACUCGAAGACCACUACUAAGUCGGUCUUUAUCCUUCUAUCCUCGAGAUGCACAACUCCUGAGUUCUGAUGCCCUGGCCCAACCUGGGCAAAGUUGUACUGCACUGUUGGCUUCAUCCAAAUCUAAUACCCUGGGUGGGGCAUCUGAGGAGCCUCUGCUGAGGGAAGGCCAACCAUCGCCUCGUCCCAGGAUUCGGGCUUCAUUCUGGGGAUUUGACCAUGUUUCUCCAGAUGCCCCAAGACACCGUCUGCUACUUUAGAAGGGGGUUGGGGGAACGGUUGGGACCCAAGAAGCAGUCUAACUGGUGCUUAGGGAUGGAGUGAGGAGGGGCAGCUUGGGCCGGACCCCCGCUGAAGGUCAGAGUCAGUCACGGACUUGCCGGCUCUGGGAGCAGGGUCCUGCCUGCCCUGGCUAGCUGAGGGUAGAUCUGGGCGGUCAGUCAUGGAAACAACCAGUGGGGGAGCUGAGCCUGUGGCUUUCAGUCAUUUGGUCUUCUGAAUUCUUAGGAACUUUCCUGGGGGAAUGUUUUCCUCCAAAGAGUUUGGGGGGAGCAGCAUCCGGUAGGAGGAGUGCUGUAACCUUGUAGUCCUGUGGUGUGUUGCAUGUGCAUUUUAUUGAGCUGUAAAUAAAGAGAUGAUAGUUAAUGCUUGGGAGGAAGUC